CGAGUCCUGCUUGUGACUGGCUUUGGAGGGCCCCUUCUUAGGUUGGGAUUGCCAGCUUGCUGAGAGGAGGUUGAAGGGCCGGAGGGGAGCCCCUGCCAGGUGACUGGCAGGACAGCCUUUGGUCUUUUCAGCAGGAAACUUUGUUUCCUGAUGCUGAUAAGCUGGAGUUCUCCCACCCCUCCGUUGGGAAACACUUUUCAAAGAACACCAGGUGCCUGUUUUGCCAUCUAAGUGGGCAUCUCCUCACUCUUCAGGGAAGAGGGCAGAGCUAGGACCAUAGCUUCAGGACUAGAUGGGAUGGAGGGAGGGUUAAAAGCAAGCACCUCAGAGAGACAGCUUACAUUUGAGAAAGCCAGGAUUUCUGAAUUUAACUGAGAUUUCUUUAAGUACUUUACCAACCCACAGACCAUUUGGCUUCUUCUUCAAAGGCAAGAAACUGGGAGGCAGAAUUCCCAGGGGAUCUCUAAUUGAAUCUGGCAGUGACAAACAUUUUCUCUCUGUAUCCUUAACCAUUCAGAUGGUUGUUGCUUCUGGCUGCUCCAGGGGCUCUCUGGGGUUCCUAGUUUUUGUGUAAGGUGCUUGGUUAGGAACUCAAGAUGCUAGGUGACUCCAAGGUCAGCCUUCCACGAGUCAUCAGGUGGAGCAAGAGGAACUUCUUUAUUACCAAGAAACUCAUAUCAACAGCCUGAGUAGUUUAGGCAGUGAGUGAGAUCACAGAGAAAGGGCCAAAUUUCACUUCCUCCUUGAGGGAGGUUGUACCAAUCUAAGGUUUAGCACUGGCUGGAAUGGUAGGUUGUGGGGAAAGAUUUGAAAUCAUGGAGACAAGUGAGUUGACUGAGUUGGGGGAGGUCAGCCAUUUUGCUGGAUGUUGGACCAACCCCCUAGGCCAAGCUGUGAUGGGCAGAUAGCGCUACUGUGCCGAGAGGGCAGCUGCAAUGACUAACUUGGGUCUUUCUUCCCUUUCUCUCCCAGGACACACUGUUACCACACCAGGGAGCCUGUUUGUUGUGUUGAGCAAGCUGGGGGGUGGAGACUAGAGUAGAUGGGCAGCUGGGCAGGGCUUAGCAGGUUUGGAGGGAACCUGGCUGCCCUAGGAUUGCUGGCUGGCUUUUGUUUUUACUGCUGAGCCUGGAGCUCAGUUCAGACUUGGUGGUUGGUUAUUCCUCAGGGCAGUGAGUGAGAGAGAAAGAGAGAGUGUUGUGAGCACUAUGUGGACAGCCAGUCACAGCACCCUUCUGCCCUCCCACAGCCACUCACAGAUGUCUUGUUGACAUUUCCCCAGGUACCCUGAGUGCUUGUAGCAGCUGAUCAUAUCCCUGCCAUUGCUCAGAGUUGAUAGUAGUUGAACUUCAUGACCAUGACCAGCUGGGUCACAAAAGAGGCUGAGGGGAGGGUGGCUCUGGGUGAGCUCAGGAAAGAGGUGUGGAGAGUCCCUGAACAGUGAGGCAGUCCACAUUUGGGGACAGGUGUCACCCUUGGCAGUACUAUUAUCACCAGCGUUAUCAGUCAUGAGUACCUGGCCCCACUCCCGCAGAUAAGAAGGGAGAAGAGGGAAGAAGGAAGAGGAGAGGAGAAUCCCCCCUAGAACUCCCUCUCCAGGGUUGGCCUGGAUGCCUUAUUACGCCCAACAGGGGAGAUGGAUCCACCUCAGUGUGUGGAGGAGCUGGAAGAUGAUGUGUUUCAGCCAGAGGAUGAGCUGGGGACCCAGCCUGGGAGCUUGCCCUCUGCUGACCUGUUUGCCCAGAGCCAGCUGGAUUGCCCCCUCAGCCGUCUGCAGCUCUUCCCUCUCACCCACUGCUGUGGCCCUGGGCUUCGACCCAUCAGCCAGGAAGACAAGGCCACCCAGACCCUCAGUCCAGCCUCCCCGAGCCAGGGUGUCAUGCUGCCUUGUGGGGUGACCGAGGAACCCCAGCGACUCUUUUAUGGCAAUGCUGGCUUCCGGCUCCCUCUCCCUGCCAGUUUCCCUGCAGGCUUGCCCCUUGGUGAGCAGCCCCCUGGAGGACAGUGGCAACAUCGAGCCGAGAUACAGAUUGCCAGAAAGCUUCAGUGUAUCGCAGACCAAUUUCAUCGGCUUCAUAUGCAGCAACACCAGCAGAACCGAAAUCGCGUCUGGUGGCAGGUCCUCCUCUUCCUGCACAACCUCGCCCUGAACGGAGAUGAGAACAGGAACGGGGCAGGUCCCAGGUGAGGCUGGGCUGCCCGCCGCGGACGGGGCACCACGCGAAGGACGUCGGCGAGGACUGACACUGUGUCUUGUGAAGUUGUUUUUAUCUUAAAAAUCUAUCUCUGUGUGUACAUAAGACAUACCCAAGUGGGACCUUUCUCCCUGUUCAGGGCCUUGACCAGGAAUGAGGUCCUUUGUCAAACACUGUUGAAGUAGAGGCUGACGUGUCUCUGAUGGCGGGUCCUCCCCGGGGCUCUGACAAGCAGGUUCUUCAGUUCGCAGUUGUCGAAGAUGCCCAGGUAGUGAUGUUCUCUGGUGUGUGGACUGGAGUUGACCCACAGGAACUCAGUUAAGCAACAGGAGACUGGAUUACACUCCUGGUUCCGCCAAACCUGCCAGCCUUCCACCGUGGAUUGGCCAAGACCCGGACAGUCACCCUGCUCCAACCCACCAGGGCCUUGGCCGGGGCUUUCCAACUGAGCAUGGCAACUUCACUAGGCCGGUCAGCCUGUAUCUGGGUUUGCAUUUGGCCCAGCCAGUGCCCGCCCCAUGGGCUCAGGGAUUCUCGCCCAGCCCCUGUCAUCUCCAGGAGACCUCAGGGAGGGUUGGGUUUCUCCAAGGACCCCUCAAACAUGCCGCAAAAAUGAACCAAACUUCUGUACAGGCCUCAGAUCUGACUUGGUCCCACUUGGAGGCCCCAGGAUGGGUCCUGAGGUACAGAACCACUGCCACCUCUGGCUUCCUGGAAUUGGCUGGGUGUCAGCCACGGAUGAGCCAUAGCCAAUCAGCGUGCUGUCUCCAGCAGCCUGUGCCUUUGUCAGUUCUCCUUUCCAAAGACCCAGCAGCGGACUGCAUUCCACCCCAUCACAGAACUCGAGGGCAGGAAGGGGCAGGAUUGCAGUGGGACUGGGAGAUGUGGCCGUCCCACCCGUAAGAGUCCUCCCUAGAGGGACCCAGGCCCCUUGGUUUCCUUAGAAACAACAUACCUCCUCCUCCUCAUCCCCAUUCCCUUUUCACACCUACUAAGACACAGGAAGAAGCCAGCACAGUGACUUCAUCAACUGAAUGUGUCUUUUAGAGCAACAGACAACAGAUUCGAGUGCAGAACCAUCAAAGCUGGGUCCACAUUUCCUGUCUUCCUUCAGCUUCCAGCUGGGCCAGAAGGGCUUGCUCUGGAACUCAGCAGGGUCACAGCUGCCUCUGAACUGCCCUCCUCCCUGCUGUGGCGCUAAUGGAGAGAAUUUAAAGCAGCCAGCCUGCCCGCUCUGACAGCAGACACGGAAUCUCAACAGAGCGAAUCUGGUGAACAGAACCUGUGAAUAGACACCUAGAAAUUAAAUGAUAAUUUUUGCAUAUGCAGGAAACGAUAACAUUGGUGCUAAACAGGAAAGCAAGGCCCAAAGAAAAGAUGGCUUUCCUGGGCAGAGAAGACCCCGGGGCUACCCAAGGAAACUGAAGACUCGGAUCUGAACAAGCCCAAGCUCCUCCAGGUCCGCAAGGAGGGGUCUUCGGUCCUGUUGAAGGAAGCCCUGUGGGCAGGCUGUUCACUGCACACGGGCACCCGCAGAGGGAGAUGAUAGAGGCUGAAGCCCAGCCUGUGCUCUCCCACUAAGUUGUAGGUCCCAGUGUAGGGCUCUCUGCCCAGAAGAACUGGUGCCUUUUCUAAUUUGCAUGAAGGUGCCAUACGGGCUCCUAGUGGCCCUGAGGAGAAGGACCUCAAACUGUGCAAAAGCCUUUGUUUUGUUCUACUUAGAUGUUCUGGAGGUAGGUAUUACCUCUUCUUGGCCAGAAUUAUCUUCUCAGGGUGUGUACCAUGGUUUGUCUGCUAAGAAGAUGGGUUCUUACUCACCAGAAGGAACCCAGAGAACAGGCAGGUGGGCUGGCUCUGGAAGACGCUGACCACCGUGAAAUGCAGCCUUCCCUGCGUGUCUCCACGCCGUUUGUGAUGUGCAGAGGACAUGUGAUGUUUUCCCCUCUCCCGGACCAAGGCUGUGACAGGCAGGCUGCUGGUAUAUGCUUAAGUGGAACACACAAGACAACCAGGACUAUUCCUACCAACCAUUUUUGAACCCCUCUUGGCAGACUUCCCACCUUGGCUGAGUGAGAGAGCAAAUAAAUGGUCCAGACUUCGGUGCUGAGGCAAAGCCAUCCACUUGAGGGACCCUGCCAGGCCCAGGAGGGCCUGUCCUAAGAUCUGAGCCCAGAGUUUGACAAGCCUAUCUGAACAUGGAGCCUGGGGCCAGGUGGAAGAUGGUCUGACUGCACCGUCUCCACCUUCUGUGAAGCCAAGAACUCACUAUCUUAAGCAAGCCAGGGCAAAAUGUAAAACCUCCCUCCUCUCCCCUCCCCCAGGAAACCCAGGAGGUAUCUCUGGAAGAGCCCAGGAGAGAGGUUCCUCCUGCUGGCUGGCUUUAAUUGGCCGAGUGAUCUAGACCCAGCCCCUUCCCCCUCUGCCUGUUGAAUUGGUCUGAACAUUCCUCAAAUCCAGCCUCAGGAGACACAUCCCUCCCCCUGGGCCCCCUCUUUCCACCCCUCACCCCCAGAGGCUUGGCUGUCUCCAGUAAGGGGGUGGAGAGUCAGAUUGAGAGGGAGGGAGAGUCUGACCUGGGUCCUGACCUGUAACCAACUGAAGACUUGUGGAGCUUUUGUGGUUUGCUGCCGGUUGGGGGUGGGAGAGGGACUGGAAACCUCCCUCCUCACUGUAGAAAUGCCCUGCUAUUCAGGGUCAGAACAGCUCUUCCAAUUCAGAACCCCAGGGCAGGGGUUUCUGGAAGCCUGUGUACAGAACUGAGGAGUGGAGUGGACCCCCCAGGCCAGACAUCUGACUUCCUCGGCUGGCUGGGGGACUGGGCCUGGCCUCCCUGCCUUUGCCUGCCUCGAAGUCUGGGCUGCUGGAGAGCUGUCCCCUUGGCCUUUUGCUGCUCAGUCUGAGGCGGAAAAAGAUCACCUCCCAGUGACCUCCCCAACCCCCCGAGGGGAGUAGGUCUGUUUCCAGAGCUCAUGCAGCAGGCAUGUUCAAAGUGCUCAGAGGGGCCCAGCUGACUUGUCUCACUGUCCCCGGAGGCCAAGCCCUGUCCACGGCUGGCUCCUGGCUGGUCAUGGCAGGGCGGGGGUUGAUUGGGACGGUCCAUCUAGGGCCUCCAUCUGUCUGAAAUCUGGGACGGAGGCUGGGGAGGGAGCCACUUGACUGUCCUAGUCAGCAAAGAGUACAUGAAAGCUUGUCCUUUGGGGGGGACUUGUCUUAGGGGUGGGGAGAAGAGAGCAGCAGAAGCAGGAAUACUUAAAUUGCCACUGCUCUCAGGGCUUCUGUGACUUGGUGCUGCAGCCCAGGCUGGAGUAUGCUUAGGGCCCCUCUGUAUGUAGGCGGAGACCCUUGGUGGCAGGCCACCCUGGCCAGACUGUCCAAGGAGGGGUGAACCUAUCAGCCUGUGAAGCCUCCUGGAGACACUGGGCAGUGGACAGGCACCUCAGGUCUGGUGAGGACUUGGAGCCUGGAGGGAGAGGCAGAGAAAGCCCAGCCCUUCCAGAGACGCACCAGCCUGGCAGCUGAAGGUGCUCAGAGCCUGAGCAGGCUCCCGGGUCCACACACCCUUCCUCUGCACAAGUGGCCAGCGCCUCCCCUGCUCUGUGUGCAUUGCCCAGCGGGCCACCCUCUCCCUGGGUCCACAGGGCUGCCAGGGGAGACCCAGUGAGAAUGUAGCAUUUUGUUCAUCCCAGAUUAGUUGCCCUGGGUUCUAGGCACUCUGCCUCUGGGAGAGAGACAGGGAAAGAGGGAGGGGAAGGGGGAUCUAUUGUUUUUUAACCUGUACAGAGUAUUUGACUUUCUGUUCUUCAGAUGUGUGUGCAUCUGUGUGCGUGUGUGCGUGUAUGUGUGUGUGUG